UUUAUUCCUCAACUUUCUCACCAUCUUUAAGUUUUGCAGCUCACAUACUCUCUUACUUCUUACUUCUUACUUCUCCCUUCCUCUUUCAUUUUGCAUAUCCAAACUUCCAACUCUCAAUCUCAAUUUAUUGAAGCAAAUUAACCCUUUAGAAAACUCACAUAUCCAAAUUUUCCAUACAUAUAGACAUAUUCUAUAUUCUUAAGAUCAAAACCAUCCAUUAUCUCCUCAUCACAAUUCUUCCUUUAAGAGCUAGCUCUUAAAUUUAUUGAAUUCCUUUCAUGUCUUCACUUGGCAAUAAUUCACCUUCUACAAAUUCUUGAAACAUUUCAACCUAUAUCCUUUUACUCAAUCUUAGUUUAUUUUUUAUUUUUUUUGUUAUUCAUGUUCAUGGACUACUUAAAGGAACAAGAAUGCAAAAUGGCACAUGAUCAUCAAAAGAAGGAUAGCAUGGGAAAAUCAAGAUUGGUUCAUGGACCAAUUAUAGUUGGAGCUGGUCCCUCAGGAUUAGCAGCAGCAGCAUGUCUUAAACAAAAAGGAAUUCCAAGUCAAAUCCUUGAAAGAGCUAAUUGUUUAGCUUCAAUGUGGCAACUCAAAACUUAUGAUAGAUUAAGGCUUCAUCUUCCAAAGCAAUUUUGUCAACUUCCUCUUAUGCCAUUUCCAAAAGGGUUACCAUCAUAUCCAACAAAGCAACAAUUUUUAUCUUACUUAAAGGCUUAUGCUGAUCACUUUGAUAUAAAUCCUAUUUUUGGCAAACAAGUGGUGAAUGCUGAAUUUGAUGUUGUUUGUGGAUUUUGGAAGAUUAAAACUCAAGAAAUUAUGAAAAAUGGUGAUGAAAUUAUUAUUGAAUAUUUAUGUAAAUGGUUGAUUGUUGCUAGUGGUGAAAAUGCUGAGGAAGUUGUGCCUCAAAUUGAAGGGAUGGAACAAUUUCAAGGACCAAUUUUGCAUACUAGUUUGUAUAAGAGUGGUAGCAUGUUUUGUGGCAAGAAUGUUUUGGUGGUGGGGUGUGGAAAUUCAGGUAUGGAGGUUUGUUUAGACCUUUGCAACCAUAAUGCUCAUCCAUCCUUAGUGGUUAGAGAUACGGUGCAUAUCUUGCCACAACAAAUAUUUGGGAAAUCAACUUUUGGUUUAUCUAUGUGGUUGCUUAAAUGGUUCUCUGUUCAAUUUGUGGAUAAAUUUUUACUUCUAAUGUCAGAUCUUAUUCUUGGAGAUACAUCUCAAUUUGGAAUUGAAAGACCAAAAAUUGGUCCUUUAGAGCUUAAGAACUUGUACGGCAAGACACCUGUUUUGGAUGUUGGGACAGUAGCUCAAAUCAAAACUGGAAAAAUUAAGGUUUGCAAGGGAAUUAAACGACUAGCACAUAAUGCAGUGGAAUUUGUUGAUGGGAAAGUGGAGAACUUUGAUGCAAUCAUUCUAGCUACUGGUUACAGAAGCAAUGUACCCUCUUGGUUAAAGGGAAGUGACAUGUUUAGUGAGAAAGAUGGUUUUCCAAGGAAACCAUUCCCAAAUGGAUGGAAAGGUGAAAAGGGACUAUAUGCUGUUGGUUUCACUAAACGUGGUUUGCUUGGUUCAUCUAUUGAUGCAAAGAGGAUUGCAGAAGAUAUUGAAACUAGCUGGAAAUCUAUUAAGGCCAAGCCACUUGCAUGAAAUGAUAUCAAACAAAUGUUUUUUUAGAAUUAGAAAAAGGGAAAAAGAAAAAAGAAAAAAGAAAAAAAAGGGGUUCUUCUUGGUAAUGAAGGUUCCUCUCCCAUUUGAGGGAAAAAAAGAACAAAAGAGAAAAGUGCAUAUAUAUUUGUUAUAUAUAUGAUCAAUAUAGAAUGUGUGACUCCCAUGAUAUGAUAUCCAUUAACAAAUACUAGGAAUUGGUGGUUGGUGAAGGAAUUGAUGUUUAUUUUUGUUUGUUUGGGUUGAGAAUUAUUAUAGUUGAUUGUCAUAAUUAAUUUGUAUAGCUUGUAUAUUGUCAUAUAUCUACCUAGCUAGCUAGUUGAUUUUAUUUUGGAAAAAGGGU